CUGGAGCAGUAGUUCAUGGAAGACAAGAAAAGGAAGAAAGAAGACAAAAGGAAAAGGGAAGCCUCUCAGAAGGUUACAGAGCAAAAGAACAAAGUACUAGAUUUGACCAAGCAGGCAUCUGCCCAUCCUCCUGCCACUCAGAGCAUCUCUGCCUCCCCCAGCCCUGGACCCAUCCCUUCUGCAUCACCGUCUCCAGCCACUUCAGGCCCUGGCUGUGCUGCCGCCCAGUCACAGGGUGGUAACAAUGCCAAGCGCCUCGCUGUGGCCAACGGACAGCCCGCCUCCGCCGCCAGUUCUUCCUCUGCCGCAGGCAGCGCAAGCGUUCCAGGAAACGGGAAUACAAGUAGCGGAGGUGCGGGCCAGCAGCAACCUCGCUAUAUGCCGAGAGAAGUGCCACCGAGAUUCCGCUGCCAGCAGGACCAUAAAGUGCUACUGAAAAGGGGUCAGCCGCCACUGUCCUCCAUGCUGCUGGGAGGGGGAGGCGGAGGAGGAGCAGGGGAAGGCCCCAAUGCAAACACAGCUGCUGUCUCAGACUCUGGUGUGGCUACCUCCUCAUCAGCUCUCACCUCAUCAUCCGUUGCUGCUUCGACCACUACUUCUAAUUAUGCAAAUUCCAUGUGGGGCACAAGCUUAGGCAGCCAGGCCUCCUCUCAGGGCAGGGAGAAGGUGAUUGUAGAUGGGAAUGACCUGGAAGAGUGGCCCAGCAUUGCUGGAAGUGAUGGUGGAGGAGCCUCUUUCACUGUGGCUGGAGGGGGGAGCGGCGGAAGCAGCAGCACCAACAACGGGAUGCCUGUGAAUAGCACCAGUGCCUCUGGCAGCCAGUCCACUUCCUUGUUCUCUUUGCCCAAUGAAUGUACGCAGUCGUCCAGUAGUGUGGCGUGGGGGACGGCUGCCGCCCAGGGCCAUGUUGGAGGAGGAAACGCAGUAGCUUCAGCUGGGCCUGUAUUACAGCAGUCCUCCAAAGCCGCCACCGUGCCGGGAAGCCACGAUGCCGGUGGCCUCGUCGAUGGCAGCGGUGGGAUUCCGGGUGCCAACUUUAAUCCAAAUGCCAACCCUUCGGCCUGGCCAGCCUUAGUGCAACAGGAUGGGCCUGGUGUCGCAGGGGAAGGAGGCUCAUCUUCCUUCCAUCAUCAGGGUCCCGCGGGGACUGUAUCUGCCAACAAUUCUGCUUCCGUAGGGCUAAAGGCUGGGCCGGUCGGGGUGCUAGGGGGUCACCAAGCUUUGUCUGUGAAUCAAUCAAGCACUCAUCAGCACCAACUUCACCAAAUGCAAUCCAGAGACAGAGAGAUGGGAGCGGGGAAGUGGGAUAGUGAAUCAGCGGGACCAAAAAUUGCAGGAGAGGAAGGAGUCGCGGGAGGAACAGGAGGUGGCGGGGACCACAAUCUUUCUUCCUCGUGGAGGGGCCAGCCCUCUUACCCUGCAUCCAAUUCCAAAAUGGGUGCCUCAAGGACUGACGGAUGGGAGGGCAGAGACGGUGGCGUGGGGGCAUACAGAGCUGCUGAAGGGGAUAACGGGUCCGCGGGUUGGGGUUAUCCGGGGGCCUCUGGUGGGGUUAAUACAUGGGGUAGUGCUAAAACUGGAGCAAAUGAUAGUCAAACUGGGGUAUCUCAGGGAGGGUGGGGGACAUCCGGAGUAGGAGCGGAAAAAGGGGUGUCUAGUGUCGACUGGGGUGCGAGUUCGUCUGGAGCUAAUCCCGGAGAAGUCACGGGAGGAGCCUGCAGUAGUAACAGCAGCAGUAGCGGAUGCAGCACAGCUGGCAAUCCACCUGUCACCUCAACUAUUAUGAACAGAGCUUGGGACAAUCAGAAAGGAGAAGGAGAAACAGGGGAGUGGUGUGAGCACGGAGCACGUGGAGGAUCUUUAUCCAGUGGUGGCAAUUCCAGAUCCGAAAGGGAAUAUAACGGCAGUCGUCCCCGGCGUCAGCCACCUGAUACUGAAGCUGCCUUACAGAACCUGCUCAGCCGUCCUGAUCUCGAUCCACGGGUACUCUCAAACACAGGCUGGGGCCAAACGCAGAUUAGACAAAACACAGCUUGGGAUCUUGAUAAUCAAGCGGAACACAAUAAGAGUGCGAAACACUCAGCCUCUCUGGGAAAUUCUUCUCAGUAUUCCUCUGCACCCAGACUCCUGACCGGUGAUUCUAACGGACCUGGGGUCCACCCUCCCUUGCUUUCAUCUGCCGGCUCCUCUGGAGAGGGCUGGGAGACGAGCAGCAGCAGCAGUAGCAGUGGUGGAGCCUCUUUAACCGGUAGAGCCCCACCUCCGUCAGGCCCCAAUAUGAGUAAUCUUGGCGUCUCACAAUCUGCUCCCGUGGUCACAGGAGGUACCGGCGGUGGGUCGGGACCGCUAGGACAUAACCAGCCAGGGAAAGCCACUGGCUGGGGUACGGGAGGAAUGGGUGCUGUGGAUAAUCAGGAGACCAAAGGGUGGGGCAAUGAAGAAUGGAGAACCAAUAGAGGAAACGGGAGUGGUUGGGGCGGUUUGGGGCAACAAGGUAACCCAAGCUGGGGAGGAAAUGACGAGAGGGGAGCUGGGUGGAAAGAAAUGGGUGGGGAAGGGCGAGGAAGUGGGUGGGGCUCAGGGCAGAAGGUUGGGACAGGUAGGGACUGGGGCGAGCAGGAUUCCAAAUCUAAUAGCAGCGGGGGUUGGGAAGGCGAAUCGAAGAGCGGAGGGAGGAACUCAGGUGGGGAUUCGGGCGCGGGCGGUUGGGGAAGCUGGGACGACGAAACUCCACGGAGAACAUGGGGCGCGGGAGGGAGCGGAGCGGUCGGAGUUCCUGGCUCCAAAGCCCAUCAAAGCUGGAGCGGAGGAAAUAAAAUGCAUCAGAUGCCAAACAGCCAGUCAGGCUCAAUCACAGGCCUACAGGCACAACUGCAACAGCAACAAUCACAACCCCGUAAUCAGCCUCCACAGCUGCAACAAGCAUUGGACCAAGGGGCUAUGCAAGGGGGCACUGGGAGAAAAGCAAUCUCCCAAACCCAGAACCAAAGCUCAGGCUGGACCUCGGGGCCCAUCCCGGCAUGUCACGGAAGUGGAUCCGAACCCAGCGGUUGGGAGGAACCCUCCCCGCAGUCUUUAAGCAGGAAAAAUGAAAUAGACGACGGAACAUCAGCGUGGGGAGACCCGACACAUUACAACUACAAGCCAGUUAAUCUGUGGGACAAGAACAGCAACCCCGCUGGUCAGACUCCACAACAACAGGGACCUUCACCUCCGACACAGCAGCUAAACAGACCUGCUGCGGGACCUCCGGGUAGCAGGGACUUCAACACUGCACACGGACAAGGAAAGGCCACAACAAUUGGUUCUUCAGGUUGGGGUGGUACGCCUCCAGCGAGUCCCACAGUAGAUAAUGGCACAGCUGCGUGGGGAAAACCUACAGAUGCACCUUCUGGCUGGGGGGAACCUGAUGACGCCGUGGGAAAAACAGGAUGGGGAAACCCGCCUCCCAAUUCCCUCAAAUCUGGCUCAAAGUCUAUGCAGGACAGCUGGGGGGACAAAGAUGGCUCUGUGACAGCGUCACGUCACUCGAGCUGGGAGGAAGAGGAGGAGGGCGGGAGCAUGUGGAACAGCGCCGGCUCCCAGGGUAGCGGGUCGUCUUGGGGACAGGGUAGCACUGGUGGCUGGGGACAGAGCCACAAUGUCAAGAAGGCUAGCAACAAGGGCCCGCUCAAGGUUGGUGGAGAUUCCUGGAUGAACCCAAUCAACCGACAAUUUUCAAAUAUGGGGCUUCUGAAUGAUGAUCAGACCGGACCAAACAUCGACCUGGCAUCAGGCGCUCUCCAGGAGAAAAAAGUAGAUAUGGAGAAACGAGCCAUGGGAAUGAUGGAUUACAACGGAGACAUGAGGAAAGGAAGAGGGGGAGGCGGCAUGGCUUAUCGUUCACCCGUUUCCAAAGAGGCAGCACCUGGGGAUACUGUUUCUUUUUAUGACAAGACCUUGCUCUUGAACAAUCAGGAUGGGUACCUUGGGGAGGACGCUCCUUGCUCUUUGUUCUCACCACCCACUGCCUUCAAGCCCCAUUCCCUCUUCAAUCACACUAUCCCCUUUAGACAAGGUGGCCACAGUCUCCUUGGCAGUAGUGGAGGGAUGUCUCAGCCCAGACACCAGCCAACCAAUGUUCCACCCGUGAACCAGUCCCCAGGGAUACGAGCACAAGUGCCUCAUCAGUUCCUGUCACAGCAGGUGCCAGGCUCCAUGCUGAAGCAGAUGCCCCCUCCCAGCGGGAGCGUGGGGGGUGUUGGUAAUGUUGGAGGAGUGGCGGGAGUCGGCGGCGGUGUGUUCCCUCCGCAGCUAUCCCCCCAGCAUAUUGCCAUGCUCAGCAGCAUUUACCCACCGCACAUCCAGUUUCAAUUGGCUUGUCAGCUCCUCCUCCAGCAGCAACAGCAGCAGCCUCAACAGCAGCUGCUGCAAAACCAGAGGAAGUUCACGCCGAAUGUGCGGCAGCAAGCUGACCCUCAACAGUUGGCCAGGAUCAUGGCCAUACUCCAGCAACAACGGCAGCAACAGCAAGUCGGGAGUUUGGGUGGAAACAUCAAACUCUCCCCCUCCCACCAUGGAGGAAGUGGUGCCAAAUUACAUGGGGCGGACUCCCUGCCCCACCAUGGCCUGGCGGGAUCUGUGGCUGACCUGCACCAGAAAACGCUUGGACCCUACUCUAGCUUUAGUUCUGGUAUGAACCUCACAGGUCUGGACCUGGGUGGCUCCGCGGUCGGGGCGCCUGGCACUAUCAAGGACAUGGGAGGUCAACAAUCUCGCUUCAAAUGGAUGAUGGAGGGGCACUCCUCCCCAGACACAUCAUCACCUGAAAAUGCAUUCCACAAAAAUGGUCCAGUCACCCCCAUGAAGAUGCCGGGGGGCACCCCCUACUCACAGUACGAUAUGAUUGUCGGAGACGCACAAGGCAGCACCAAUUGGCAUCGCACUCCUGGCAAGAUGAGUACCAAGCCCAGCACCACGCCCAGUUGGCCCCCAGAGUUCCAGCCUGGCGUUCCCUGGAAAGGAAUCGAUCGGGUUGACCCCGAAUCGGAUCCUUACAUGACGCCAGGGAGCAUGAUGGGAAACACCGCCUCUCCAGGCCUCAAUGACACUGAGCACCAGUUGUUACAAGACAAUACCGAUUCCAUCCCUCCCCUCAACACCUUACUGCCUUCACCGGGUGCCUGGCCCUACAGUGCCUCAGAUCCCCUUAACAACGCACAUAACUCAGCAAAGUACACAGACUAUAAGACUGGAUGGCCCCCCGAGCCCAUUGGACACAAGUCUUGGAAAGCCAGUCGCGGUAGCAACCAGGCGCAGCUGUCCCGCCCACCUCCGGGCUUAGCCAGUCAGAAACAGAUAUCGCCUACGCCGUGGUCUGGCGGUGCCCCCCGACUCACCGGCAGAGGGUGGAGCAGUGGCUCAGGCACCGCUGGCACAGCGUGGAGCGAUGGCAGCUCUCGGGAAGGUUGCUGGUUGGUGCUCAGCAAUCUCACACCACAGAUUGAUGGCUCCACGCUUCGAACCAUCUGCAUGCAACAUGGCCCGCUGCUGACCUUCCACCUGGGAUUGACCCAGGGCAGUGCACUUAUCCGUUAUGGUUCCAAACAGGAAGCAGCCAAGGCCCAGAGUGCCCUCCACAUGUGUGUUCUGGGCAACACCACCAUCUUGGCCGAGUUUGUGAGUGAAGAGGACGUGGCCAGAUACAUUGCACAUUCCCAGGCCGGAGGGUCGGGGAACGGCAGCGCUAGUUCAGGCGCUACUGUCCCUCCGUCCUCUGCGGCGGGGACUAAAGAAAGCGCGGGAGCCUGCGAGCUUACGCCGGCGGCAUCGGCAGCAGGAGGCGGCGGAACAGGGGGCGGCGGCGAGGGAGGCUCUUCGGCAGGUACGACCGUGCCGGCCGGACAUUCGGAAUCCACGUGGCAGAGCUUGGAAGGCGCGGGCAGCUCGUCAGAACAGUCCGCCGCGCCCGGUUUGGGCAUCUUCUCCCAGUGGAGCAGCAACAGCGCCAACGUGGUGGCGGCCGGAGGGGUGGAGGCGGGAAGGCAAGGUUUAUGGGGGGGUAUGAGCGGGGCGGGGUACCCCAGCAGUAACCUGUGGGGAUCGCCGGCACUUGAAGAUCGCCAUCAGAUGGGAAGCCCGGCUUCACUGCUGCCAGGGGACCUUCUGGGAGGCGGGGCCGACUCAGUCUGA